GUCACACACUUUAAGCACAAACAUUAAAAAUUGUAAAAAUGGAUAAAAUGGAAGAGAACAUGGAGAAGAUACGCAAAUGGUGGAAGGGACUUAAUAAAAAAUUGUUCGAAGUCUCAUCCGAUGAAGAAACCUCCACCGACUACAGCGUUGAGACGGCCGAGCAGCGUCGCAGUUUUGUCUUUCAAACCUUUCUGGAGCUGCUGGUGUUCAUGGCGAUGGCUGCGGUGCAGUGGGUGGUGCUGCUGCUGUUGCCGCGCAGCGAAACUGUCAAAGCAGUGGAACGCAUGGCUCCCAGCUGCAUUGUGCUAUUUGGCAUUUGCUUGUUGUUGUUUAUGAUAUUUGCGCUGAGCGCUGAGCUGCGUGGCAUGCACUGCGUCAAUUGGCUGUUAACGUUUUGCAUUGUGGAGGGCAACAUAUUGGCCUUGGCUGUGUUGAUUAUAUUAACGGAUUUGCUGCACAUGGGUCUGGGCUUUCUGAUGGCGGCGCUCUUUGUGGUUAUAACUGUGUUCAUAGCGUUCUGUAUGACGUACGACAUAACCAGAAAUGCAAGCUUUGUAUUCUUGCUGGCCUUUUGCAUAUUCCUGAUGAGUGUUUAUGGCGCUGUGCUGUAUGUGAUGCUGCAAGUGAUUUGGCCCUUUUGUAUAUACGCUGGCGUUGUAGUGCUGAUGGUGCUGCCUCUGCUUUUGUAUCAUGUCAAGUGCGUGCUGGGCAAUGGUUUGGUUAAGACAAGUCUGCUGGAUGACAAGCUGGCCGCGCUUUUAUUGUUUCAUGACUUUCUGGCCUUGUUUAUGCUAACCGUUUACUGGCGCCCAAAGCAAUAAAUACGCACAAGUUAA